AUGUCAAAACUCCCAAUUAUUUUUCUCAUUUUUGUGGUUUAUUCAACACAAAUAAUCAAUGGAUUAUUGAAUAAUCCAAGAAAACUUGAUGAAGCUAAUAUUGUGAACAAAUGUGGUAGUUGUCCUUGUAACAAUCCAUGUAAUACACCCUCUCCACCACCACCACCACCACCCGUUCCGUCACCACCACCACCAAAGAAACCACCAUCAAGUGGAUAUUGUCCUCCUCCUCCUCUUCCUCCUUCCGAGGGCGGUGGUGGUGGUGAUGGUGGUGGCGGUUAUAGUCCAAAUCCACCAAGUAAUUCACAAUACAUAUAUAUGAAUGGUCCACCAGGAAAUUUGUACCCCGUUGAUCAAUAUUUUAAUGGUGCCAAAAGGGACUUUACUAGUGGAUUUUCACUUUUGAUCAGUGGAUUUUUCAUGGGAAUUAUUGCUUUGAUAUGAAUAUUGAUCAAAUUUUAUGAAGCUAGCUGCAGAUUUCAUCAAAAACAAGAAAUUUAGUGGCUAAGAGUAUUUUUAAUCUUCUUAGGUUAGUGCUAAUUAGCUAUAUUAUCUUAUCCUAUCGUUAUAAUUUCCAUCUGUAUCGAUUCUAGUUCCAAUAACAUUUUAAUUUUCUUCCACUUUGUAUUUUUUUUUUGUAAAAUUUGUUGUCAGUAUUUUGUUUCUUUUUAUAUUUGAUCUAAUCAUAUACUGUUUCUCUUCCUCUCA